GGAAAACAAUCUAAAAGGAAACGAAAUUCAACAGAGUGACGAAUUGAUAUUUGACGAAGUGAGCGCAUUCUCACAAGCUCCUCCUAGAAUUGUGCUCUGUCUCAUCCAUACAAACAAAAGGCCAGGCCAGAAUCCAGAUGCAAGUUUUUAUGCUAGGAUUUCAGCUGUCUGGGGUCUUGAAUCUCAAGGCUGUGCACGAAACGAAUGUUUAUGCUGUAACAACUGGAUGCUCUAAGCAAAGAUUACCUCAUGUUUUGACUGUUGCGGGAUCGGAUUCCGGAGCUGGUGCUGGAAUCCAGGCUGACCUUAAAGCUUGUGCUGCUCGUGGAGUGUACUGUUCUACUGUAGUGACUGCUGUCACUGCACAGAACACUGUAGGGGUUCAGGGUGUGAACAUUGUUCCAGAGAGAUUUGUGUCAGAGCAGUUGCAAUCUGUCCUCUCGGACAUGAAUGUCGAUGUUGUAAAAACAGGCAUGCUUCCCACCGUGGGCAUAGUGAAAGCGCUCUAUGACCGUUUGAAGCAAUAUCCAGUUCAAGCUCUGGUGGUUGACCCGGUCAUGGUAUCAACUAGUGGCGAUGUGCUGGCUGGUCCUUCUGUUCUGGAUACGUUUAGGGACCAGCUUCUCCCCAUGGCUGAUAUAGCAACUCCUAAUCUUAAAGAGGCUUCUGCUUUACUUGGUGGCAUACGUCUGCAAACAGUGUCUGACAUGCGUUCUGCUGCGAAGUCCAUACAUAAUAAUAUGGGUCCAAGAAAUGUGCUUAUCAAAGGUGGUGACCUCCCAGCUUCAUCAGAUGCUGUAGAUAUUUUCUUUGAUGGUGUGGAGUUCUAUGAGCUGCGGUCCUCAAGGAUACAAACUCGAAAUAGUCAUGGAACCGGUUGUACUUUGGCUUCUUGUAUAGCAGCUGAACUAGCAAAAGGCUCUCAGAUGCUGCCAGCUGUUAGGGUUGCAAAACACUAUGUUGAGACUGCAUUGGAUUAUAGCAAAGAUAUCCUCAUUGGAAAUGGGCUUCAAGGUCCUUUUGACCACCUAUGUAAGCUUAAACGGAACAUUCGAAAUUCAAGUAAACCACAACGAUUUGAUCCAGAUGAUCUCCUUUUGUAUGCCGUGACAGACUCACGGAUGAAUAAUAAAUGGGGUCGCUCUAUCACAGAUUCUGUUAGAGCUGCCAUAGAGGGUGGUGCCACCAUAGUACAGCUAAGGGAAAAAGAUAUUGAGACGAGCAACUUUCUAGAAGCAGCAAAAAAAAGCCUGGAAGUUUGCCGUUCACAUGGUGUACCUCUAUUGAUAAAUGACCGUAUAGAUAUUGCUCUUGCUUGUGAUGCAGAUGGCGUGCAUGUCGGCCAGUCAGACAUGCCUGUACAUGUUGCUCGCUCUCUUCUGGGGCCAGAAAAGAUUAUUGGUGUAUCUUGCAAAACACCAGAACAAGCUCAUCAGGCCUGGGUUAAUGGUGCUGAUUACAUAGGUAGCGGUGGCGUGUACUCAACCAAUACAAAAGCAAACAAUAUAACUAUAGGUUUAGAUGGCCUUAAAACUGUAUGCCUGGCAUCCAAGUUACCGGUGGUUGCCAUUGGAGGCAUUGGUCCUUCAAAUGUUCGUGCAGUGAUGGAACUAGGUUUGGAAAAUUUGAAAGGUGUUGCAGUUGUAUCUGCACUAUUUGACAGGGAAUGCAUCGCCUCUGAGGCACAAAAUUUACAUACAUUGGUAUCGGAGACCAUGAAGGCGACCUCAGUAUUUCAUGAUUAGAAACAGAACCAUGUAAAUUUUAAGAGGCUCGAGCAUUCUGACAUGGAUGUUGUGGCAUCUUUGAGGAUUUUUACGUAUAAUUUUUCAUUCUAUUAUAUACAUUUCCUUUUAUGCA